CUUUGCCUGUCAGCUGUGCUUUCUGCAACAACUGUCCAGAAGGUAUUUGUCGAGAAGUUGCCGAGUAAACAGAGUAAGUCCCAGAUGAAAGAAGGAAGACGUGAAGACAGCUUUCCACCUCUCAGAUGACAGGAAGAGACUUGUGACUCACUAUGGAGGAUUUUAGGCGAACAUACCUGCGUCUGUGUAAGGAGGGAGGUGUGGAGCCUCAGGAGAGUGUCGUGGCUCAGCUCCAGGAGAGCAGGGCAGCUCAGGGCUCCAGACUGGAUCUGAGUGGACAGAGCCUGUCUAUAGAUACCUGCUCUGUGCUGGCCAGGACCUUCCAAAAAGACACCAUCUUUACAGAGGUGUUGCUCAGUGACUGCAUGCUCAGUGAGGAAGGUGCCAAAGUACUUCUGACUGGACUAUUUGGCAACACAACAGUAAAAGUCUUGGAUCUGAAGGGCAAUAACCUGAGAUCUACAGGGGCUGAGGUGUUGGGAAAGCUGCUGGCUCGGAACAAGACUCUGCGUAGGCUGGUGUUGGAGUGGAAUGCUUUGGGGGUGUGGGACGAAGCCUUCUCCCUCUUUUGUGAGGGUUUAGCCUCCAACAGCGUACUGACUGAGCUGAACCUGCGCAACAAUCAGAUCAACCACCACGGAGCAUCAGAGCUUGCACUGGCACUUAAACGCAACACCACUUUGCAAGUGCUGGAUCUGAGGUGGAACAACAUUGGUCUGCUGGGUGGCAGGUCUCUGCUGGAGGCUCUGCAGAAGAACAAAAGCAUAGUGCAGCUGGAGAUGGCAGGGAACAACAUACCCAGUGACACUCUCAAAGCACUUGAACAGACCACAGGGCAAAACUCAUACAUCCAGUCCACCCUGAGAGAGAGCCACUGCAGGUCCCAGGUCCUCAGCAAGGAGAUCCAGACACUGAAGGAGGAGAAGGGCCGGCAGUUCUUGAGCCUGAUGGAAACCAUAGACAGGCAGAGGGAGGAGAUGGGACGCCAUAGCGGCUCCGCCUCCAUUCAGAUAGGCCAACUGCAGGAAGCGCUCAAUGAGAGGAAGUCUGCUGUCAACGCUCUCACUGCCAAACUCCAGAUGACAGAGGCUGCCCUCGCCCUCUCUGAGCAGAAAAACCACAAUUUGGGAGAGCUGCUGACACGAGUGAAGGUUGAGAAAGAAGAACAGAGGGAACGGCAGAGCAGAGAGAGGAAGCAAGAGCAUGAGGACAGUGCAAAAAGAGAGGGCAGACUCCUCCGAGAGAUCCAAAACCUGACCGAAACCAACAACCAACUCGUGAAUAAAGUGGAGGAGAUGGAGCGCAGGUGUAAGUCUCAGCAGCAGCAGAUCUUUGAGCUGAAGCAGCAGCUGACCAACAGCACAGCAGAGCUCAAGCUGCAGCUAGCACAGGCCGAAGACCGUCUGGAAAUAGAGAAGCGAAGGUCCAAGCAAGCUCUGCAGGACAUGGACGGUCUCCGCCAGAAGGAGGUGGAGCAUUUGAAUCGACAUCUAGAGGAGAGUGAGAGGGCUCUGCAGGAACGCAUUUUUAAGCUGGAGGGACAGCGGAUACAGCUGGAAGAGCAGGAACAUGUGUCGUCGUUGGAGGAGAAGCUUCGCUCAGCACGUACCUGCCUGCAGGAGGUCCAGCUGCACUGCUCCCAGCAGAAACAGACCAUCUCUGAGCUGCAGGCCAAGAACAGCCAGCAGAGCAUCGAGAUCAACGCAAUGCGGCGGAGGACGGAGGAGCUCCAGCAGGAGCUGUCGGGUAAGGACCAGGAGAAGGUGGCAGAGGUGAACCGGGUGAAGGUGGAGCUGCAGGAGCAGAUUGGACAUCUCCAGGCAGAGAGGACGGCACAGGGAGGACUCAAAGAGAAGAUCAGUGCUCUGGAGAGAGAGAUUAAAGUACUAAGCAGUAACCACAGAGAGGCACUCCUCGACAAAGAGAGUCAGAUGUCCUCCAUGCUGGAGAAGCUGCGGCUGAAAGAGGCGGAGAUCCAGAGGAUGAGGGAGGACGAGGCCAACAGAGCCAGCUACCUGCAGAGCGCCAUCCUCACCUAUGUCCAAGGCUCACCUCUGGGACACUACAGCAGCCCCAAGAAGUGACCCACAGACCCGGAACCUCUGAGCCCGCACCUUGCUCCUGCACAGGUCAGGACAGCUUGAAAAUUACAAACAAUCAUGAUGGUUUGGACUCUUAGGCUCUGGAGAACACAGAAAAUCAGGAGUGUGAGGGGAGAUAAUCAAAGCUAAGUAACAUGACUGUGAACUUUAACCCUUUGAAACUUGAGAAAAUUGAUAUUAUUUCUUUCAAAAAUAUGGAGAGAAUGCAGUAAGCAUCUUAACAAGACAGGGCCCAAAAUAAGCAAAAAAAUAAGUUAAAAAGUACAAAUAAAAUUUCCUGAAAAAAAAAACUAAAAACAG